AUGGCAAAGAAGAGAAGUGGAAACCCAAGAAAAAGAAAACCAAAGCAGAAAUCAGCGAAAUCCUCUAAGCGUGAUCUAGAGAAACUGGCGCAGCCGCCACUGGAGGAGAUUUUUGAACGGAAGGUCACGUUGGAGAGGAUCUCGAAGUCGUUGUCAAAGCACGAUAAAACGCUGUUUGAUUGCUUCCUAUUUCCAUUGUCCGCCAUGAGAGCAUUUUCGGAAGCAGACGACGACAGUUUUUCUCACUUUGAAGAAAGGCCGGACUGUAUCAUGGAGAUGAUGUUUGGGGCUGAAUCCCGAAUUGCAAAGAUCAUGCUUGAGCAGAGAAGGCAAAUAGAGGCCUGGAAGACAAGUGGAGCGCUCGUGGAUGCUCCGUUUAAGGAAGUAGCAUGCACUUUCUUAGAAGAUGCCGCCACCAAAUUGCUGGAGUUAAAUAUCCAGGAUCAUGAGAUAUUGCCUUCCGAGCUUGACUGA